CCCCACCGCCAUGCGGCCCAUUCGCACUGCCCUUUGGCGGCGCCUGGUCUUGCCCCUGUGCCUGGCCCUCGUUUGCCCCCUCUCUGUGGGGUUGGUCUCGGCUCGGGCUCCCAUCUAUGUCAGCAGCUGGGCCGUCCGGGUGUCCCAGGGUUACCGGGAGGCCGAGCGUCUGGCGCGCAAAUUCGGCUUCGUCAACUUGGGGCAGAUCUUCCCUGACGGGCAGUACUUCCACCUGCGGCACCGGGGCGUGGUCCAGCAGUCCCUGACCCCGCAUUGGGGCCACCGCCUGCGCCUGAAGAAAGACCCUAAGGUGCAGUGGUUUGAGCAGCAGACUCUGCAGUGGCGAGUGAAGCGCUCAGUGGUGCCCACGGACCCCUGGUUCUCCAAGCAGUGGUACAUGAACAGUGAGGUACAGCCAGACCUAAACAUCCUGCAAGUCUGGAGCCAGGGGCUGUCGGGCCAGGGUAUCGUGGUCUCUAUCCUGGACGAUGGCAUUGAGAAGGACCACCCGGAUCUCUGGGCCAACUAUGACCCUCUGGCCAGCUACGACUUCAACGACUAUGACCCAGACCCCCAGCCACGAUACACACCCAGUGAUGAGAACCGGCACGGGACCCGCUGUGCUGGGGAAGUGGCAGCCAUAGCUAACAACAGGUUCUGCGGUAUAGGCGUCGCCUACAACGCCCGAAUAGGAGGUGUGCGCAUGCUGGAUGGCACCAUCACCGAUGUCAUCGAGGCCCAGUCACUGAGCCUGCAGCCACAGCACAUCCACAUCUACAGUGCCAGCUGGGGUCCCGAGGAUGAUGGCCGUACAGUGGAUGGUCCUGGCAUCCUAACCCAAGAGGCCUUCAGGCACGGCGUGACCAAGGGCCGAGGUGGGCUAGGCACGCUCUUCAUCUGGGCAUCCGGCAAUGGUGGCCUGCACUAUGACAACUGCAACUGCGACGGGUACACCAACAGCAUCCACACUCUCUCCAUCGGCAGCACCACCCAGCACGGUCAUGUGCCCUGGUACAGUGAGGCCUGUGCUUCCACCCUCACCACCACCUACAGUAGUGGCAUUGUUACUGACCCCCAGAUUGUCACCACGGACCUGCACCACCAGUGCACUGACAAGCACACAGGCACGUCGGCCUCUGCCCCUCUAGCUGCAGGCAUAAUUGCUCUGGCUCUGGAAGCCAACCCAUUCUUGACAUGGAGGGACAUGCAGCACUUGGUGGUUCGUGCAUCCAGGCAGGCACAUCUCCAGGCUGAGGACUGGAGGACCAAUGGUGUGGGGCGCCAAGUGAGCCACCACUAUGGCUAUGGGUUGCUGGAUGCCGGGCUGCUGGUGGACUUGGCUCGAGCAUGGCUGCCCACACAGCCCCAGAAGAAAUGCAUCAUUCGGGUCUUGCACACCCCCACCCCCAUCCUGCCACUGAUGCACGUGAGGAAGAAAGUGUUGGCUUGUGCUGGUCGUGCCAACUACAUCCGCUCACUGGAGCAUGUGCAGGUGCAGCUGUCCCUGUCCUACAGCCGCCGGGGGGACCUGGAGAUUUCGCUGACCAGCCCUAUGGGCACCCGCUCCACACUUGUUGCCAUCAGACCCUUUGACAUCAGUGGCCAAGGCUACAACAACUGGAUCUUUAUGUCCACCCACUUCUGGGAUGAGAACCCGCAGGGCUUGUGGACCCUGAGCCUGGAAAACAAGGGCUACUAUUUCAACACGGGGAUGCUGUACCGCUACACGCUGCUGCUCUAUGGGACGGCUGAGGACAUGACAGCAAGGCCCACAGGCUCCCAGCCUCCAGGAAUGAUGGGCUCGAAGGCCAAGAAGCGCGUGGUGCUGCCCACUCGACCGGCGCCCCCCACGAUGGAGCAGAUCCUCGAGGAUGUACGUGGAGCGCCCGCCGAGGACCCGGUCUUCACUGCCCUGGCCCCAGAAGAUACCUCAGACCCCUCCUGGAGGGCUGAGAACCCUGAGGCCCAGCGGGAGCAGCUGUACCAGCAGAGCCAGGCCUUUGUGGCCACCAAUCAUCGGCUGAGGCAGGCGAGUGAGGAGCUAAGACAGAGGUGUGAUGACCUUCGGCAGGCCAGCCAGGAACUGGAACAGGAUGUCAUCCAGGUGAAGCAAGUGGCACUGCCAGGGGCCUUGGCCACCUCCUCAGGUUGACCUGGCCCUCGGACUCAUCUGAGCACACAGCUCCCAGACAGUGCACCCCACAGCCUUCUGGAACUUUUGGUCCUGGCCUGGCACACCUCAGACAUGGGCCCCCGGGUCCCAGAAGCAGAUUCUGGGCUCUCUGUCCAGUCAUGGACAAGCCCCACCCUAGGACCCAGAGACUCCAGGGGAUAGAGCCUACCCUAUCCCCUAGCAGAUGGGCCCCCUAGCCCAUCUGCUAAUAUCUGCUAAUAUCCUGUGUGUGGUUGCAGCAGGGACAGUGUGGAAUGAGGGGUGCACCUACCUCACCUGGACAUAGGCCCUUACCAAGGGUCAGGGUAGGCUUUGCAAAUGCCGUUCACCCUCAGGUUUUUCUUCUGGGUCUGAUUGCUGGGAGCCUGAGCUUGUCUCUGUGUGAACCCCUGUGGGGCCCUCAGAGGUUCCAGAAGAGGAUGGGGGUUCUGUCCCUUCCUUUGCCCAUAGUGGUCUUGGCCAUGUAGGAGCAAUUGCCCAGCAGGGCCCCGAUCUGAGAGGGGGCCUCCAAUGGCCCCAAGCACUCAGAUGGAAGGUGCGGGCUCUCCCCCAGGGUAGCACUUGUCCAUCUGGUUCAUGGUUGGGAUGUAGGACUGACCUAUAGACUGUGGGAUCCACCAGACAGGGGUGCUGGCCUGGGCUCCCAAGAUAGAAGCUGUUCAGUUACUUGCCUGAAGCCCUCAUCUGGCCACCUCCAUCCUGGCAGGCCAGGCCUGUCAUGGGUGUCCCCACCAAGUCCCUCAGAUGAAAUCCCCCUGCCAUCAGCCAUCUGGCAGUGUCUCUGUGAGCUGCUCCUUUCCAGGGUUCCCCUGGAGCUUAGAGAAGCACCUGGACUAAACAGGGCAAGUCCUUGACAUGGGUGACCCAGCACCCUGGGUGUUUUUCUUUUCUUUGAUAAAAGGAUGCCUGCUUAAGGCUGAGACCUGAAAAUGCUGGUUUGGCUCCAGUUAGGGCAGUAGACACAGAGGUUACAUUGUCCAGGGCCCCCUAGCCCAUCUGCUAAUAUCUUGAAGGUGCCCUGCUGCCCUGAACUGAGAGGUCACCCCUCCCUGCAUAUCCCUGGCCUUCAGGUGGGGCUACUUAAAUCUGAUUCUGGGGGCUCUGAGCAUGCCUCCUCCUCCCUGGUAUCAGGAGGAGACACUUCAGCUACCUUCCCCUGCACAUCCACAAAGUACUCCAGUUCCACCCUGUCCUCCCCCAUGUGGAAGCGGGGCCAUGUAGAACAAGAUUCAACAGCUCCAUUUAUUAAAGGUGCACAUGAGA